GCUUCACUCGGGGUUCGAUCUUCGGAGCUGCGGGAGAUCCCACCUAACCAGCCAUUCUACUUGCAUGCGAUCUCCUCCACGGCUCGGCUCCUUGAAGACCCAGAUUGGGAAGCGAUCGCGUGCCAGAAGGACUCUUACGUCACCGGGGUUGCCAUCGGGUUUGAUGAGCCUGUCCCUCACUUACCUCAAGUCUACGAGUUUAAGGUUAAGUCCCGUAAACUAGAUGAUUCCGAGGACGAAUGGCACCGUGACAAUUACUCCUCGGCUAAGCAGACCAUAGAACAGCUGGAGCAGAAGUUCAAAGAAGAGGAGGCGUUGGGACGCAUGGCGCCGUCGACUCUUCCCGUGCUUGAGCAAAGGUACGGCAAGGAUCGGGUUAGGAUUGCUUCCUUAGGUUCCCUCUUGAAGCCAGACGGGUCCGCGAGACCGCUGCACGACGGAACGCACGGCGUUCGUGUAAACAAUGGCAUUCGCAUGCUCAACCAACAGGCCAACCCAGGCCCACGUGAAGUUGUGCACCUCGUUCGUAGUGCCAAGCAGAGUCAGGAAGCGACGUUUUGCCUCACGGGCGACGUCACCGCCGCUCACCGCCUUUUCUUGGUGAGGGAAAGCGACUGGCCGUGUGCAGCCCGCUUCCUACUGACCAUUUGGUUUUACCAUUUGGUAUACGUAGACGAUGUGCAUGCCAACUUCGCAGGGAGGGACAAGUUCCAUCACUUGCUCAUGUGGCUUGCGUGUUUUGAGAUGUUCGGUACCCCUUUUGCUUACAAGAAGUUUCGUGGAGGGCUCACUUCGGCAUUUGUGGGGUACGAGCUGUCCUAUCCUGAUCAGAGGGUCGGGAUCUCGGAGUCUCGAGGGCAGUGGCUGCUCAAGUGGAUCGAGGAAGCCAGGGCCUCUAGGUUCGUCGUUUCAGUUCGUCGCUUCGCAGAGUUCUUAGGCAGAUUGGGGUUCGUAUCUAGGCUGUUGGUUUGGCUAAAAGCACACUUAGCCCCACUCUACAGCUGGCGAGCUGCCGUUAGUGUCAGCGCGGUGGCUCGCUUGCCGGAUACCGUAAUCCUCACCCUAGAGUACUUGUCUUUGACGUUCAAGGACAUGUCUUUCAAGGUGGCUGCGGCUAGAACUAUCAGGCGGGAAGGAGUUGCCUUCCGCACUGAUGCCAAAUGCGCCGACGGUUACGUCGUCCUAGGCGGAUGGGAAUGCUCGGGCGCCACUAAGGACUCUAGGUGGUUUUCGAUUAGGCUCACCCCAGACGAGGCACCUUACUUGUUCGACCCGGAGGGCCACAGUCAGUGGGCGUCCGCGUCCGCGGAGCUCCUGGCCACACUUGCAGCACUCCAUGCGUUUGGGCACUUGGAGGGCAAUGCACAGAGGCGCAUCAUGACAGUUGAGGUUCUUGCACAGACAGACAACAAGGCCAACGAAG